UCCUUUAAAAAAGUCUUUGGAAAUUCUCACUUCUCAUAGUUCACAUGAAAUCCAGGUAACUUCUUUUGACCUGUGGCUUUAAUAAAGGAAGAAAAAACCUAGUUGUUACAGUAUGAUCAGUGUGUUAGUUUGACAUCCACAUCAAAGAAAAUAACUCUCUAAGCAAGGCUGUCCUUAAAGCUGGAGACAGACUUGUCAGUAACUCACAGCCGGAAAAACUUGAUUUCUAGAACCAUGAUCAAACUGUCAGGACAAUGCUGCUUCCAUGAGAAUCAAGACAAGCCCACCCGUCUGAUUUUUUCCAGACAUAACUAAGAACUCCAAAGGUGAGCCAACAAACCAAGUGAAAGACAUCAAAUAAUUGCAUCACUAUUUCCCUUGAGGGAUUUUGUCCUAAAGACUAAGAAAACCCUCUUAAAUUAGCUCUAAUUAAAUGUUGUGAAUCUGUGGUUCCACCAUUCAGAAAAUGGAUUGCCUCAUUGUGUUUUUUCCAUGUUACUAAGAGAUUGGGAUUCUUUAAAGGAAGAUUAAAAGCAUGGAAGGGACAAAAGGAAACAGAGUGAAAACAGAAAAAAGUAAGUCCAAGUCUAUUCUGGAUACUGCAUGGAUAGAUGGUGGCCGUAGGUAAUCAUUUGGUAUGUGUUGACAGAAUUGGUUUACGCGAUCACUCUGGCGGUGUGCUAGCCAUAUUGAUUAUGGGGUGAUACAUAUAGAUUAGUGUGAUGAGUAACAGUGUUUUCACACCACACUGGCUGACUGCAUAUACAGACAAGAUCAAGCUAUUCUGUACAGCCUAUUCCUUAGGGAGUGUUGGGGGAAGUAAGGGUAGGGGGGCUCACCAGGCACUCUGCUGUUAAGUUAUCCUGACAAUAGGGUUAUUUUAAAAUUUAUUGCGAAGUGUUUCUAUACAAAGGAAAUGUUUCGUGGAAGGAAUUCGUGAUAUUAUACAAGUAUGUUUCUUUAAUUGGAAACCAGACACACUCUACUAAACAUUUUAUUGGAAAAUUUAUUUCACACUUCACAAAGGAUCCCGAGAGAAAUGCUUUGUGAUUAACUGUGAUUGUCCAUAUAUGAAAAAUGAGGGCAGGAUAAGAAUAAAUAUGCAAUUAAUGGGGCAGGCCUCCUAUUCUUUAUUUGUUUUCUGACAUUUCCAGCAGUAUCUUCUCCCAGAGAUGAUAAUAUUAAGCAGGUCAUCUAAUGCCAAAUCUUGUCAGAUUGAUACCUUGUUAUCCUUUAUUGUUGUUUUAAUCUUUAAUACAAUUUGGCUGUAAAUUGAAAGCUCUGUAUACCACUAUAAUCCUGCAAGCUGAUUCACUUGAUUGAAGGGAAAAAUGAGACACAAAACCCAUGCUGCUUUUAUGUUCUUAGACAACACUCCUUACCCACUUGCAGACUAGUGGCUUUUCUUCAGUUUUAAUUUGAGGUUUUUUUGUUUUGUUUUGUUUUUUCUUUUUUGGUUGGUUGGUUGGUUUCUUUUUAAUUGAUAGAUUCUUUAAACUAUGCCAGGGUAGUCUCUGGAUGAACAGCAUCAAUAUCACCUGAACACUUGUUAGCAAUACAGAUUUUCAGGUGAAUUCUUGACCUAUUGAGUCAGAAACUCUGUUCUGGAGGUCCAGUGAUCUCUGUUUAACAAGCCCUCCAAGAUGAUUCUGAAGCCCACUAAAGUUUGAGAACCACUGCAUUACACUGUCAGACUCCUUCCUCUCAUUGUUUUGCAUCUGGAAGCACACCAUGCAUAGAAUACAGUUAUAACUUAACACAAAAUGUAGUUCACUACCUUUAACUAAACCUGAUGGCUUUGUAGUUUCAUUAGCACAAUGCUACAAACAAUUGGGCUACCUAUACAUUGACCAAGGACAUAAGUGAUUUUCCUCCCACUUUCCCUUUUUUUGGGGGGAGGAAGCAUGGUAUUUAAAGGCAGACAAGUCUAAUUGCAAGUUCUGAUGUAUCUCAGCAGGUGGGCGAUUUAACCCCUCUAGCUCUUGUGUUCUUCACCUAUAAACUUAUAUUCUUUGAGGUGUUGUUCUGAGUAUGAAAAGAGAUCAGGGCUAAUACUAGGUCAUACAGUGAAUUAGAAAAAGGUGCCCUCUCUGGGGAAACCAAUUAGGAAAAAGCAUUCAUUUCUUAGGGCUAACAUUGCCCAUGUCUCUUCUCAGACUUGGCAAAGAGAACCUGAACUGGAUUUCAGCCCUGACUUCUGCCUGCUCAUCUGGACAGUUUCGUCCAAGGAAAUGUGAGAUCUCUUCGGCCAAGAAGAACAACCUGAGGACUCUAUUUCUGAAGCAUUUGACUCUUGGUCCUUGUGAGCUCCUUGUUCCUGCAAAGUUGGCUGGGGUCACCAUAGUCGGUCAAAAAAAAUCCAUCAAUGACAGAGAUAGGGAAUCUCCAAUCUCUAUCCCAAGACGUGUUCUUGAUGACUUAAGCACAUCAACAGAAGCUCCGGAUGCAGAAGAGAGAUUUUAUCUAUGGGAAAAUGACCCUCUGAAAAGAAGUGUGAAAUCAUCAAAAAAGCCAUUGGAGGGGACACCUGAGAGUCAUGUGGCUGAAGUUUCACAAGAUCCCACCAUGCUUCUAGUCCAGAGGAGAAAUCUAGACCCACUCCCCGAAAAGUAUAGGCAUCAUAAGAAGGCCACAAGGACAAAAAGAAGGAGGAAGGAGAAAAUGGAGGCCCAGUGCCCACCUGUUCCUCCAACACCUUCAACACCACCACAAAGUGAGGAAGAUGAGGCUGUAGACAAAAAGCCAACUCUACUCAGUGCCCAGGAAGAUAAUCCUGACCUUCUCCAUGAAGUAGGGGUGGCAAAAUCCUGGGAUUGUCACUCUUCCAUAGGAAAAAUAAUGACAGCUCUUCACCUGGAGUAGGAAGAAUUGGGGCACUGACUCUGAUGAUUACUAUACGAAAAUUGGAAAUGUGACCAGUAUGUUGGUUCUUUUCAUGCCUGGAACAAGGCUUUGUACUGUUGGAAGAAUACAGGUUUCAGAUAAGGAAAGAUCUACACAAGCACUUAGUUUUGAAACUUUUCUGCUCCCAUGUGUCUUGACUCCUUACUCACAACCAAGAGAAGGGGAGUUUACAUCUCCUCUGAUGCAUUUGUGAAGGAGAAAGUAUAUGUUUCCAGGUUUCAAAGGUUGUGUUGCUGUAGUUGGGAAGGGAAUAGAAUGAGUUGCAAGAGUGGUGGCAAAUAUCCUCAAGGAUGCUUUGGAGGUAACAGAUUACAACCACAUUUGAAGAAAUUUCAUGGUUUGGUGAGGAUUUCAAAUUAGAAUUAGAGAAAUUUUGCAAAAUGUCGUAGUACUUAGAGUAAAAUAGGACACCUUUCUAAAGUCAGUCAUACUUUGAUACUUUUUGUUGUCUAAAAAGUGGUUGGUUUCUCAUUUUAAACAGUAUUGAGUUUUCUUGAGUUAAUUGACCAUGAUAAAUGGGUUUUAUUACAUAAAAUUUCAAAUUAUCCAAACUAUAUCUAUAUUUACAUACAUAUUUUCUCCAUUUAAUACAAGAAGCACACUCCCAGGUGAGGCAUAACGUACGAAAGUCCUGAGUCAUAGAGCCUGUUAUUAAAAGCUCACCAGAAUGCAGAUAUUAGUGUUGCUAUUAUAUUUUAUUAUUGUUAUUAUUUAUCAUAAUAUGUGUUUCAGGUUAGUUGUUCUAUCAUAGAAAAACUAUUAGUGGGAACCUAGUUAGCCAUAUCUUCAGCCCCAUCUACAAUACUGAUUUUCACAUAAAAGUUGUUUGCUACAAAUUUGGUACAUAGGUUUAAAAUAAGGAAAGAUCUAUAUAAGCGCUUAGUUUUGAAAUUUUUCUGCUCUGUGUCUUGACCUUUUACUCAAACAAGAGAAAGGGUGUUUAUAUCUCCUCUGAUGCAGUUUGUAAAUGGGAAAGUGUAUGUUUCUGUGUUUCAAAUUUUGUGUUGCUGUCUUUAUGGUUUGAAUUACUAAACAUGAUUUAUGACUUAAUAAAGCUGCUUUUGAAAAAUAUACUUAGAAAAAUAGUGUAGCUGUUUCAAAGUAAAAACAAAUUUAAAAAUAAAACUUACUACUAUUGAUG